AUGAGAGGGUUCUUCCUAGUUCUAACGCUGGCGCUGGCGCUGGCUAGUGCCGAUACGACCGAGAACAAGGAAGAAAAGGUCCCGGAGGAGAUCGUCGAGGAGAUCAAGGCCAGUGACGACAAGCCGGCCGAUGAUGACGACGAUGUGCGCGGUUACAGCUACUACAACGUAGUGCACGGUAGCGAACCGAACGAGUACCGUCCGGCCAACUAUGCUCCGUCCCAGAUUGGCUAUGGCGGUGGUGGUUACGGUUCCAGUGGUGGCUACGAGAGCGGUGGCUACGAAAGCGGUGGUUACGGCAGCAGUGGUGGUUAUGGCGGCAGUGGUGGUUAUGAGAGCGGUGGUUAUGGAGGUUCUUAUCCUACGCGUCCACCACCACGACCAUCGUCGGAGUACGACUUCCCGAAGCCGAAGCCUCCGCCGAAGUGCAACUGCAAGGAUAUCAUCGAUCAGAUCGAUGAUCUUGAUGAGAAGAUCAUCAAAUCGCUGCUGGACCUGGAGAUCAAGGCUGACAGCAUCCAAACCGAUGUGGGAACCAUCCACAAGGAAACGGAGAAGGUCGCGUUCGUGUCGGCUCAGACGCAGCUGCUGGCCAACGCUGUCGACAACCAGCUGAACAUUGUGCGCCAGAACCUGACCAUCAUCCAGUCGGAUGUCGAUGAACUGACGCAGUUCCAGCAGAACAUCCCAGACAGGACCUACCUGACGGAGGCGCUGUUCGGGCUGAAGUGCAGCUACACGAAGAAGGAGAAGGUCGGUGAUGAUCGUAUCUACUCGUCCUGCGAAGAUCCCAACAUCAAGAAAACGGGCAGCUACUGGAUCAAGGCCAACUUCUACAAACCAGUCAAGGUGAUCUGUAUGCUGGACUAUGGCGGCAGAUGGAUGGUCAUCCAGAACCGUUUCGAUGGCAGCGUUGACUUCUACCGUCCAUGGAGGGAGUACAAGUACGGUUUCGGCAACAACGAGGGCGGUGAGUACUGGUUGGGUCUUGAUCGCAUCCACCAGUUCACGAGCGGUGGAGCUGCUCAGCUGCUGGUCGUGUUGGAGGACUUCGACAAGAACAUCACCUACGCCAAGUACGACAUAUUCUCGAUUGCCGGCGAGGCCGAUCAGUACAAGAUCAUCAAGCUGAAGUCGUUCAUCGGCAGCGCCGGUGACUCGUUCGAGGCGGAGGGUAUGCGCUUCUCCACGUACGAUUACGACAACGACAAGUUCGACCAGAACUGUGCCGCCAUCACGCAUGGUGCCUGGUGGUACAAGUCUUGCGGUGACAGCAAUCUGAACGGUCUGUAUCUGAACGGACCCACGCUCGAGAAGACGGGUAUCUACUGGGCCUCGUUCCGUGGAUACAACUACAGUCUGAAGAAGACGCGAAUGAUGAUCCGACACAGGGAAGGCUCCGGUUACUGA